AGAUUCCACAGUUCACACCCAAGGAGAGAGAGAGAGAGGAGAGAAUAGAGUAGCUGAAAAUGGGUUCCUCUGUUUUUUCUUCUUGUGUUAUGAUCAUGCUAUGUUUCUUCAUCUGUUUCUCACUCUGUGAUGCUACAUACCACAAGAAACGUGUUGCUUCUCACAACUACAGAGAUGCACUCACUAAAUCAAUCCUGUUCUUUGAAGGACAAAGAUCAGGAAAGCUCCCUGCUAAUCACAGAGUUCCAUGGAGAAAAGACUCUGGUCUCUCUGAUGGGUCAGCCUUGAAUGUUGAUUUAGUUGGAGGAUAUUAUGAUGCAGGGGACAAUGUGAAGUUUGGUUUACCAAUGGCUUUCACAACUACUAUGCUCUCAUGGAGUGUUCUUGAAUUUGGUGGGUUGAUGAAGAGUGAGUUACAAAAUUCAAGAAACGCCAUUAAAUGGGGUUCUGAUUAUCUUCUUAAAGCUACUGCUCAUCCCGGCACCAUUUAUGUUCAGGUUGGUGAUGCAAACAAAGAUCAUGCUUGUUGGGAAAGACCAGAAGAUAUGGACACAGCAAGAUCUGUUUACAAAGUUGACAAAAACAACCCUGGUUCUGAUGUUGCUGGUGAAACUGCUGCUGCUCUUGCUGCUGCUUCUCUAGUGUUUAGGAAAUGUGAUCCUAAUUACUCAAAAGUUCUUCUCAAAAGAGCUCAAAUGGUGUUUGCAUUUGCUGAUAAAUACAGAGGAACUUACAGUACUGGUCUUCAUAAAGAUGUUUGCCCUUUUUACUGUUCCUUUUCUGGCUAUCAUGAUGAAUUGUUGUGGGGAGCAGCUUGGUUACAGAAAGCAACAAAGAAACCAACAUAUUUGAAUUACAUUCACACAAAUGGUGUCAAUCUUGGUGCUGAUGAUUAUGAUAAUGUAUUUGGUUGGGAUAAUAAACAUGUUGGUGCUAGGAUUCUUCUUUCCAAGGCAUUUCUGGUUUCAAAAGUUCAAUCUCUAGCUGAUUUCAAAGGUCAUGCAGAUAGUUUCAUAUGUUCUCUCAUGCCUGGUUCCUCAAAAUACACCCCAGGUGGUUUACUAUACAAAUUGAGUGAUAGCAACAUGCAGUAUGUUACAUCUACUUCAUUCCUCCUGCUAACAUACGCCAAGUACUUGACAAAAUCACACAAAGUUGUUACCUGCGGUGGUACCACAUUUUCACCCAGGAAAAUCAGAACCCUUGCCAAGAAACAAGUGGACUACCUUUUGGGAAACAAUCCACUGAAGAUGUCGUAUAUGGUGGGAUAUGGAAACAAAUACCCACAAAGAAUUCAUCACAGAGGGGCAUCUAUACCGUCUAAAUCAUCACAUCCAGAGAAGAUCCAAUGCUCAGCAGGAUUCAGUUUCUUAAACACAAACUCGCCCAACCCUAAUGUCCAUGUUGGUGCUAUUGUUGGUGGACCUGAUUUGCGCGAUCAAUUCCCAGAUAUUAGGACUGAUUACGAACAAUCUGAACCAUCCACUUACAUGAAUGCUCCUUUGGUUGGUUCUUUAGCUUAUCUGGCUCACUCUUUUGGUCAACUCUAGUCAGAAGCAGUAGAAGAAAAAGGGUCAAAAAGAAAUUACCCUAAACCCUCAUGAGUGUUACUAUAAUCUUAUAAAAUAGUAAUGUCAAAUCAUUAAACUAAGCUAGCUGUUAUUAUGGGUUGUUAAUUAGGGAGUUUUAUUUUAUUAUGACAAAAAAUAGUGUUGUUUAAUGGUUUCCUAAAGGGCCUAAAACCCAAGGUUUAUAUAGCUCUAGAAAACAAUCUUUAUGUACUUCUCUUUGCCGUUGCCGGGAAUGGAUUUCAUGUGUAAUUUGCAGCUUCUUGUCUUGUUAUUUAAUAUAACGAUGAAAUUAUGAUUGCAUUGUGUU